UCGGCGGCGUACUGUAUUGUCUGUGCCUGAGGAAACAGAGGUGGCCGUGCAAGGGGGAAAGCACAGCUGUGUAGUGUGACACCAGCGGUGGCAGAAGGAAGCGAUCUGGGGAAAAAAGCAGCACCAUCUGUUUCUCUACGCAGACAAUGCCUACGUUUGCAAUAGUCAAAGCCAUACAAAAUAACCGAUUAUAAUAAAGAAUAACAUAAAUCAAUGGUACAGAAAAGUAGCAUGUCCAGGACGCCUUCGACCUCAACCCAGGAGAUACAAAUGGACAUGUUUGAACAUCCUGCUUCACAGGGAAAGUACACCAAACGGAAGAGCCGCUUCAAACGCUCGGACGGCAGCACCUCCUCCGAUACCACCUCCAACAGCUUCAUCAGACAGGGCUCUGCAGACUCCUACACCAGCCGGCCGUCAGACUCAGAUGUGUCCCUGGAGGAGGAUCCCGAGGCCCUGAGGAAGGAGGCUGACCGACAAGCCCUCGCCACACUCGAGAAAGCCAAGACCAAACCUGUGGCCUUUGCCGUGCGGACAAAUGUGGGCUACAAUCCGGGUCCCAAUGACGACGUCCCUGUACAGGGCAUGGCCAUCUCCUUCGAGCCCAAAGACUUCCUGCAUAUUAAAGAGAAAUACAACAACGAUUGGUGGAUCGGGCGGCUGGUGAAGGAAGGCUGUGAGGUGGGCUUCAUCCCAAGCCCUGUCAAGCUGGAGAACACCCGUCUGCUGCAGGAGCAGCGAAUGCGGCAGAACCGCCUCAGCUCCAGUAAGCCUGGGGGGAGUUCCAGCCUCGGGGACGUUGCCCCGGGAGCUCGGAGGCCCACUCCGCCUGGCACAGCACCUGUGGAAAUGUCCACAGUGGCUUUUGAUGUUGAUCCCCUGGACCUGGACGCAGAGGAGCCCCCAGAAGCGCAGGCUGAGCCCCGUUCCCCUAGGGCCACUGGGGGCAGCGUGACAUCCCCACAGGCCAACGCCCACCGUCUCCCCUUUUUUAAGAAGAUGGAGCAUGUGCCCCCAUAUGACGUGGUACCUUCCAUGAGACCCAUCAUCCUGGUGGGCCCCUCCCUCAAAGGCUAUGAGGUGACGGACAUGAUGCAGAAAGCUCUCUUCGAUUUUCUCAAACACAAGUUUGAAGGCAGGAUAUCUAUCACACGGGUGACGGCGGACAUCUCCCUGGCCAAACGAUCUGUGCUGAAUAACCCCAGCAAGCACACCAUCAUUGAGCGGUCCAGUACCCGUUCCAGCCUGGCUGAGGUGCAGAGCGAGAUCGAGCGCAUCUUCGAGCUGGCCCGCACGCUGCAGCUGGUGGCCCUGGACGCCGACACCAUCAACCACCCGUCCCAACUAUCCAAGACCUCGCUGGCCCCCAUUAUCGUCUACAUCAAGAUCUCCUCCCCCAAGGUCCUCCAGAGGCUCAUCAAGUCGCGGGGGAAGUCCCAGGCCAAACAUCUGAACGUGCAGAUGGUGGCAGCAGACAAGCUGGCCCAGUGUCCCCCGGAGCUCUUUGACAUCAUCCUGGAUGAGAACCAGUUGGAAGAUGCUUGUGAGCACCUGGCCGAAUACCUGGAGGCGUAUUGGAAAGCCACGCACCCCCCCAGCAGUAACCCCCCCAAUCCACUGCUGAACCGCACCAUGGCCACUGCCGCCCUGGCUGCCUCGCCCGAACCCGUCUCCAAUCUGCAGGGCCCGUAUCUGGUGCACGGAGAAGCGAAGCGUGACGGGCCUCUGUCGGAGCGCUCCGGGCUCCAGGACUACCAGGGCGGCACGCCGGGGAGGCCGCAUGCCCCGGAGCAGGCGUACCUCCGCAGCAGCUCCUCCCGGGCCCAGCUGAGGGCCGCCGGAAGCCGGGGCCUCUCCCGGCAGGACACCUUCGACUCAGAGACACAGGGCAGCAGGGACUCGGCCUACACGGAGGCGGGCGACUCCUGCAUGGACAUCGAGACAGACCCCUACGAGGAGACGGAGCCCUACUGCGGGGCAGGUGGCCGCCCGCACCCUGGCCUACGCCAUAGCCUCCAGGCCUCCCUGGAGGACGAGGGUGCCGAGCCGGACCAAGAGAACCUAAACCGCCCAGCCCACCAUGAGCAACAUGCCCGAGGCAAGCCCAGGGAGCGAUACUGCCAGGAUCCGGGAGAUGCCGGCACCACCCUGGGCCGCAACAAGAAUCAGGAGGACUGGGGGAGGGACGUCUACAUUCGCUAGACCUACCAUUCGAUGGGAGGCUGACUGACAGACAGGAAGAAGGGCCAAUGGUGUAGCAGGUUAGACCUGGCAAUCCGAGUAAACAGUGGCUUCAAAAUAGACUAGUUUUACGAUCCUAAAAUAAGUUAUUUCUUAUUGUUUAAUUAUUUAUUUAAAAAAUUGGCAGGCAUUGCAAGAUCAUGUUGAUUUAUUGGUUACUACUGCAUGUUACCCAUAUUAUCCCAGAGCAUCUGAUUCCUUUAAAAAUAAGUGUAGUGGUGCGUUUAUUUUAUAUAUAGCUUUUAAAACCCAAGUUUACGGCACAGAAAGUGGUAUACACGCACCAGAGAAGACAUUUACGUUAGAGAUGUAAACUGAAAAUGAAGAAAAUCAUUUUAAAUGUGGAAAGUGAGCAAGAAAUGGAGGGGAAAAUAACCCUUGGACUUGGACGACGUCAGUCGCAGAGUUUCACGUCUAGGGACGGAGCCGAGCGGAAGAUUCUAGAUUCAGCAGGUUAGGACUCCAAUAUUAUGGCUGCUAUGUUUUAAAUUAUUAUUUAAAUGUUAGGAAUGUGGUCGCUGUUGUGCAGAACAGGAAGAAAUGGGCCAGGUCUGUCCUCUACCACGUUAACCAGGAUUAACUGUUCAGAGCUCUGUGUUUCAGGGUCUUUUUGACUCCAGCAGGCCACCAUCCCAUUCUUAAUCCAGCCAGACUUUUCCUAUUCUGUGAAGGGAAAGGUCCCGGUUGUUAAAUUUAUCUAAUUUUUAGUCAUAAAAAAGCUAGUUUGGAGUAAAGAAGGAAAAGAAAACAAUGAUCCAAAGAUUGUAUGUAGUAUGCCUCACAGAAUAGACCUGAUUUCUGGUGCUUGGUUGUCUCAUUAGCUUCCGGCCGCAUGGGAGAUGCUGUUCUCCUGAUGCUUUGCCCUCCUCCUCUAAGCUCCAGCUUGGCUAAGAUCAUAUUCAUCACUUGCCAUCGGACUCAGUCAUGCAGCGCUAAAAGGACCGAACUCACACACGCACUUCUCUGUGUGUCCUUAAGGGGAAAACCUGGCGCUGUAGAGCAACCCAUAUCGGCAGACUUUUUUUUUUUGGUACAUUUGCUGGCCCAUUUGGACCUGUGGCGUGAGGCCUGUCGCGGGAAGCACAGUGAAGGGGCGGUAACACUCACACACAUGUUCACGCACAUGAACACACGCGUGAUUGCCACCUUGGACAACUAGCCAUGGAGUGUCACAGAGCUGGGCCCAGUGUCAAACCCUCAAUGCGACCCAUCGGACAGUCAUGUGACAUUUGUGUGUUUACCUCAGUACCUGAGGUCUAAGCUGAUGUCCCAGUCCCAGUGGAGUCCCAGUAUCCACAUCACACCGCUUUCUAGCUGCUCUGGACACUGUCACACUAUGUCACCUCCAUUACUUGGGUCACCACGGGUGUAAAUCAACAGACUGACCUUCACAAGUGUCUAAACAGACAGCUCCUGUAUUUCUUCACUGGACUCCUAUUCAUAAACUUAUUUCCUGAAUAGUAAAUACUGAGCUACUGUUGCAGCGGUCGAAAGGAAAAAUAUGUGGCUAUGUAGCGACAUUCAUUUCUCUUUUCUGACCUGUUUUUAAUUUGUGGUUAAGUAAUUAUUUCGGCUAUGAUUUCAUCAGAAAACUACAGAAAUUGCUGGACCGAUUAUAAUGUCAGGAGCAUCAAAAUUAUCAAUAAAAAAAUUAAUAAUGAACAAGGGAGAAAGUGUGUCGAUACGUCGCAGACCAGAGACUUUCCUGGCCCUCUGAAAUAUUUAUAUGUAAAAAAAAAAAGAAAAAAGAACGAAUCACAGUGGUAAAAGUAAGAAACUUGCUUUCGCAUUGCUCCACCUGGAGGACUGGAGGAAUAAGGAGCGUCUGUAAAUACCACGGACUGCCACUGAAACGUGUACCAACACGUGAACUGUAGACAGCCGGCGCUGCAACCCGACGAGUUUGCCUGCAGGAGCAAGAGAGUCAUCAGAGACAUAAUACAUAAAAAGAACCUUCGUUUCUUCAAGGAUCUCAGCAGACUGACUCAUAGGUGGAGGUGUGAUGAGAGUGAACAGUGGAUAUUCUUAUCUAGGUCUCUGAACUGGUUCAAAUGGUUUCCUGUGCACACUUUGCCCUGUCACCUGCAGCGGCAGACAUCCCAUAGUGACACCUUUUCAAAAAAACCAGCACGUGCCGCUUGUUUACGUAGAUUUAUCAGAACCACCUGUAAAAAGUCCAAAAAAAUAAAACAUCCAGGCGUGUCCCUGAGAAUGUACCUAAUGUUCCCGCCAACAUCACAUAAGGCUAACGUAACAUUACACAUAGGAAAUUAACGCGUAGACGACAUCCUUAAGCCUUAAUCAUAAAACUCUGAAUGUCUGCCGAACCUUAACUGCCUUCAGUAAUCAAGUGCUUUGAGAGGCAUGCAGACUUCAGAAGCCAAAGCCUUAGAUAAACCCUUUUUGGCCCUGACACAGACAAGGUUAUUUAACCACACGUAUCUCUUGGAUGUUAGUGGGGAAAAUAUAAUUUACCUCCGGUGAGGUCCAAUGUGAUCUAAGGCAUUGAGAUGAUGCUCCCUGGCCAUUGUAUCCCAAACAAUGAAAUUAUAAAGUAUUUAAAUAUACCAUAAUGGUAAGUACUCAACAUUACUCAGUAAUACCUUUAAUCUCUUAGCAACAGGUCAGGUUUCCAGGCUCUGUAGGACAAUAAGGGUGAUUGGUAUUGUUGCCUCUGUCGAAAGAGAGUAGUGAGAAGGAUUGCCUAUCGGUAAUAACCACGGUGAUGUCAACUCAACGAAGGAAAAGACCCUACCCUUGUCUUCACGAGAGCAGGUCCAAGGCAAAUCCUUCUACUGAAUGCAGUGAAGGACCAGCCCUGGCCUAACUUUAGAUUUUAGCGGCAACCAUUCUAACCGAAGACAGAAGGACGCACGCCACAUACUGGAAGCGGCCAUCAGACUCUGCUCUACCCGAGACCUUUCUGAGCUGUAGAUUCUCCAGUGGUCCAUGACGUCGCUGCUCACCAGAUCGAUAUAAUCGUCAUUUCCUGAUUGAGAUCUAACCCAAAACACAGGAUGUACCUAAAAAAACGAAAAGGAAAAAAAAAAAAAAAAAAACGCGUUCUAACCAAGCGGGCCUUUGUGUUUUUGUUACGUCUUACUGUUUUAUGUAUGGAUAAAAAGGCAUAGCUUCUUUUAAGGCUAGUACUGUACACAGUUGAAAUAAGUGCCUGUUCAGUGAUGAUUUACUGUCAGUGGUUCUGGUCGUCAUGUUUACUGCGCUUAAAUCAGACAGAGUAAUGCUGGUGGAAAUACCCUGUACUUUUAGGUGUCACUGGUAUGGAAUCCGUCACGAGUAGGUCCUUUUACAGAUCAGGUAGCGUUGGUCUCUCAGCCGAUGGAAUAAAAGACUGAUAUCUUUUGUGAUGGAAAUAUUAAAUACAAUCAAUAUCUUCUUAAAGUGA